AUGUCUUCUACCACCAGCAACAGGCCCACGGCUCCCAUGACAGGUGCAGCGCGGACAACUAAAUUUGGAGAUUUCAACUCGGCCCCCAGCAGGCAUACCCACGACGACAGAACCCCACAAACAUCGACUAUUGGACAGACAUUUGGUAAUGGAGGCGCUUGGCAGUCCUCAAGUGGGAUCUGGGGAGGCAAUCCCAUCGGCAGCGGGUUUGCGAACACAAAGAGAGACGCAUCACGAUCUCGUGGUAUGUCUGCAAGGGGCGCCGAGUCUCGUGCAGUCACUGAUGUGAACACAGCGGCGGGCAAUGAUGAGUUUCCUGGUGGGCCCAGCGGAUCAGGAGCCCUGGCCGCGUCGUCAGAGGCCGACCCUUGGGGUGCUCGCGCAAAUGCGCCGUGGAACCCCCCAGACACGACCUCUCCUACCCUCCAAUCUUCGCACAGUGGCAGCACGCCUCCUGCCCACCAUGUCCGUACGAACAUGCCAUCCACCGCAACGCAGAGUCUUCUAGAGAUCCAGAAUUCAUACACUCAGUCAAGACCAGCUAUUGGACAAGGGGCAGGCUUCAACAGGUCGCAACACAAGAGCAGCCUCGAUCCCUCUUCUGGGAGCUUCAAGUUCUCGCGCAGGUCUUCAUUUGGUUUCAACGAUGAUAAGGAGAACUCGGGGCAGUUCCCCUCUAAUACGGAUAAUUCUUUCGACAUGGACAUCUCCUCCCGACCCUUUAGAGCAGACCAGAUGGGCCCUCAGAACACAGGCUUCCUAGGAAUUGGUAACGGCUCUUCAAGAGACAGUAGCAUGCCUCCAUCCAGGGCAUCUGAUUCCGGUCUGAAUGGAAGUGGAUUGGCAUUUGGGAAUAAUAAUCAAGCCUUUGGUUCUAUUGGUCACACGCCAAACAAUUCGAUCCAUUCGCAUCGCCAAUCAUUCUCCAACCUUUCAGGGGCAGGGGCCUUCCCUUCCCAGGCCAACGGCUCAAGAUUCACAGAUCUGAACCAAACAGAAGUCGAGUUGAGAGAAAAGUUUGGGGCUCUUGGAUUUGGUAGCGACGGUGAGCCCACGAAUGCCUCUCAGGCAAACAGCAACCUCGGCACCUCCUACUCUCCAAAUCAUCCGAAUUACACACACAAUUAUCAAGCUAAUGGUGGAUCGGCCAUGUGGAAUGACACAUCAAGCAACCCCAAGGGAUCACAGAAUUAUGAGACUUAUUCAGGCCAGGCUUUCGCGGAUCAGCCAUACUUCAGCAAAGGGCAUCGUUUCUCAGAACGGGCCUCUGUCUCACCUGCAGGGAGCGAUUACCGUCGUGGAGUAAACAGCCCCAAAUAUUACUCCGCCACGGGGACUCCUGUAGGGUCAGACCAGAUCUAUAGACCAGGUUCAAGAGGACCUCGAAUUCCACAAGGGCCCAGCGAGUUGGAUCGACGACUACAGAAUGCCCAUUAUCCUCAAACCCAAUUCCUCUACAAUCACCCUUUCCAAGGGCAAUAUCCACCCCCUGCGUACGAGUAUGCUCCACCCUUUCGACAAGGGGCAGUGCCAUAUGGCUAUCCUAUCGCCCUGCACGCAUACCCACAGGCCCAGAUCAUCCCAACCCGACCAUCCAAGGAUCAAGAUGUUGGGGUCGGUGUGCGAAGUGUCUUGCUAGAAGAGUUCCGUUCCAACUCGAAAUCAAACAAACGAUACGAGUUGAAGGAUAUCUAUCAUCAUGUGGUGGAAUUCAGUGGCGAUCAGCACGGAUCACGGUUCAUCCAACAAAAGCUGGAAACAGCAAACAGCGAUGAAAAAGAGCAGGUCUUCCGCGAGAUCCAGCCAAACGCACUUCAACUGAUGACUGAUGUCUUUGGUAACUAUGUCAUUCAAAAGUUAUUCGAGCACGGAAAUCAGGUCCAGAAGCGGGUGCUGGCUGAGCAGAUGAAGAAUCACGUAAUGGAGUUGUCGGUGCAGAUGUAUGGAUGCAGGGUUGUUCAAAAGGCCCUCGAGCACGUCCUCGCAGAUCAGCAAGCAGAGCUCGUUGAGGAACUCCAGGCAGAUAUUCUCAAGUGCGUCAAGGAUCAGAAUGGGAACCACGUCGUCCAGAAAGCCAUCGAGCGAGUUCAAUCAGAGCAUAUCCAAUUCAUCAUCGAAGCCUUCAAGGGCCAGGUACACAUUCUGGCGACACAUCCUUACGGCUGUCGGGUUAUCCAGCGGAUACUGGAGUAUUGUAAACCGCACGACCAAGCGGCGGUCCUCGAAGAAUUGCAUCAGUGUGCUCCUAUGUUGAUCACAGAUCAGUACGGGAACUACGUCACGCAGCAUGUCAUCCAACACGGAAAGCCAGAGGAUCGUGCGAAGGUCAUCAAGCUCGUCACGGCUCAGUUAUUGACGCUAUCGAAGCAUAAGUUUGCAUCGAAUGUUGUUGAGAAGAGCAUUCAAUUCGGGACCGACGAGCAAAGGAAGGCAAUCGUGGCACAAUUGACGGCUCUGCACAGUGACGGAUCAAGUCCUCUGCAACUCAUGAUGAAGGAUCAAUACGGCAACUACGUGAUUCAGAAACUUCUUGCCCAACUCAAGGGUGCUGAACGCGAAGCCUUCGUGGAAGACAUGAAACCUCAACUCGUCUCUCUGAAGAAAUACAACUACGGCAAGCAGAUCGCCGCGAUUGAGAAACUGAUCUUCACGGGUCCACAACCAUACACAACGCCAUCGUCGGUGACUGCGCCAACAACGCAGACGAUGCCGAUCGAGAUCAACUCCAGCGCCGCGACGCCGAUGCUCACGAACGGACAGAACAGCCCUCAGAGCAGCAGUCUCCCAAGCACCAGCGUCAGCACGAUCGACGACCCGACCGAAGGCACCCCCUGCAAGACCAUCGCCGAGAAGACGUGCCCCGAAGUGGUCAUCACAGGCGUCUAA